CUCUCUCUCUCAGAGCUUUUUAUAAACUCCUCUCUUUUGGAAUUAAAUCAGGAAUCUUUGCUUCUCAGACAAUGGCGGCUUCUACAUUGUACAAAUCCUGUCUUCUUCAACCCAAGUCUGGCUCCACCACUCGCCGCCUAAACCCUUCUCUCGUUAACCCUCUUACGAAUCCCACAAGAGUUUCCGUUUUGGGGAAGAGUCGUAGAGAUGUCUUUGCGAAAGCUUCGAUUGAAAUGGCGGAAUCGAAUUCGAUACCUUCCGUUGUUGUCAAUUCCUCUAAGCAGCAUGGUCCAAUCAUCGUGAUUGAUAAUUACGACAGCUUCACAUACAAUCUCUGCCAGUAUAAACAAAAUUUUGAGAAUUGUUAUCUAUUUCUACAGUAUAUGGGAGAGCUAGGAUGCCAUUUUGAAGUUUACCGCAAUGAUGAACUUACAGUAGAAGAGCUGAAAAAAAAAAAUCCAAGAGGGGUGUUGAUUUCUCCAGGGCCUGGUACCCCUCAAGACUCUGGGAUUUCCUUGCAAACUGUUUUGGAACUCGGACCACUUGUUCCUUUAUUUGGAGUAUGUAUGGGUUUGCAGUGUAUAGGAGAAGCAUUUGGAGGAAAGAUUGUGCGGUCACCAUUUGGUGUUAUGCAUGGGAAAAGCUCAAUGGUUCACUAUGAUGAGAAAGGAGAAGAAGGCUUGUUCUCUGGAUUAUCAAACCCUUUCAUUGUAGGUAGAUAUCACAGUCUCGUGAUCGAAAAAGAUACAUUUCCUAGUGAUGAACUCGAGGUUACAGCAUGGACAGAAGAUGGUCUGGUAAUGGCUGCCCGUCACAGAAAGUACAAGCAUAUACAGGGAGUCCAAUUUCAUCCGGAGAGUAUUAUAACAACUGAGGGCAAGACAAUUGUCCGCAAUUUCAUCAAAAUAGUAGAGAAAAAGGAGUCCGAGAAGCUGACAUAGACUAGCCUGAAUGAGAAAAUCAGCUGUGUUCGAAUAGUGCCUCCCUGUAAUAAUAUUUGCCAAUGCAAAAUGUUCCUUGCCAUCUUCCCAUUGUUUCUAUCAUAAAAAUUCGACUUGUUCCUCCACUUUUACUUAAUUUGUGAAAAGUGGAAAGCAGAAAGCUAUGGUUAUUUAAGCAUGCCUAGCGACAAAAAUGGCCGAGGGCCUUUCAGUUUUUAUUUGGUUCCUAGCUAAGCACCUACCCAAAAUGUGUCUAGUACUUCUUUCACUACAGGACGAACCUGUAAAGGCCAGAUAGUAUUCAUAAUGGUGUAAGAAACACAACAUACAUGAGAUGAGAUCAGAUAUCACUUUUCGUAUAUAUAAGAUAUGUAUGAGAUAUGUACUCCAUAAUUGGGACUAACUUAGAAGUAAACGCAGAAACAGACUAACUUAUAUGAGAUAUGUACUCCAUAAUUGGGCUAACAGUACAUAAAACCAUGUCAUGCUUUGCUUAAGGAUGGUGCAAGUGAACAAGUGACUAGAACAAUGCUUUGAUAAAUUUACUAGCAGACGACAAUGCAAGAAACAAAUAAGGUACCUAACCAUCUCAUUG